UAACCUAGUUUGCAGUUAAUUUACUUCAUUACUCCAAAUUUUUCUGUCUAAAAUGGUCUAGGGAACUUUGCUUCAAAAUCAAGUGUAAAUAUAUAUAAUGAUCUAAGAACCGGAGGGCAACGGCGACGAAUAGGGGCAUUAUCGGGACCACCUGGAGGCCGCUGAAGGGACCUAACAUAGGUAUUCUCGCACUACCUAAAAUAAGAACUUCGCCAUGGCUCUGGUGGACGAAAGCAACUACGCCUAUGUGAAGCAGGUGGCUCUGGACUGGCGGGAGCUGGUGCGUGAGAAGCGCAAGAGCAAUAUGUUUUCGCCCACGAUGAGCAUGCAGGCGGUUGAGUCCCAACAGCCAAUAGGGGACACAAGGUCGCGGACGCAGUCGAUGAUUCCGGCCGAGAGACGCGAGUCCAGUUUCUACCGGCACCGCUUCUCGCAGCAGGCCAAGCCGGUGGAGAUCGAGCGUCAGGAGGUCGGAUCAAUGGAGCCGGACCGCAUUCGGGUUAGCGGAGACGUUCUGCUCUACAUCUACCAACCGAUUUUUGUGUCAAACGCAAGGAUGGCCUCCAUUCAAGUCUGGUCGCCCAGUGACAUAAGCAUAACGUCAUCCAAACUUAAGGAGCCUAUCAGAGAAGAGCAACCAACGGCUAAGGUGGAAUCCGAUCCAUCACCCGAGCCCAAGUCGCCGUAAUCAUGGAAUCCGGUAAUUCUUUUUAUACCAUCCUAAUCGUUUAGCACUUGUGAGCAAUAAAGCAAAUGUAAAUCUGACCAUUUUAA